AUGGAGCCAUGGUGUCUUGAAGUAGGUUUCAUCUCCUCCUUUCAUCCGUUCCCAGAGGUUGGAAUCCGAUUGAUUCCAAGUUGUUGUGUGUAUUACAGUGGAACAAAAGUUAGCCCGCCGAAUUGCAGAAUUAUUUUUAUGUGGUCAAAAGAAAAUAAAAACUUCGUUGGAACUGCUUUUCCGGUAACACAAGUUCAGCAGCAGCAACCAAGGAUUUGGAUAGUGUUGGGAUCUUCACCGAGUUAUGUUCCCACAAAGGACGACGUCGGUUGUUGUCUGAGGUUACUUUGUUAUGCCGUUAAUUCCCACGGUGUCCAAAUGUCUUUGACGUUUACUUUUGACACUAGUCCGGUUAGGCCGUCAACUAUAAACCCUUGUUCUCCUCGUAGCCUCAUCCUGACCAUCUCCGGCCUGAAAAGAUUAGCGAAACCACAUCUAGCCCUAGACCUUUUGAUCAAUCGGUUAAAUAAUGGAAAAAGGGACCUAGCGAAGAGUCGUCUUGUGAAAAACAACAUUGCAGUUGUGGCGAUAUUUGAAGAAAUCAGCAAUUGCCAUUUGAGAAUUUGUGUCGCAAAUACGCAUCUGACCAGUGGAAUGGGAGUGUCGGACGUCAGAUUGUUUCAAGUGAUUAGUCUCAUCGGUGGACUCGAAAAAAUCGAUUCUUUGGGGAUCCCAGUUUUAGUUUGCGGCGACAUGAAUUCGCCUCCGGGAAGCGACACUCACACCUUCCUUGUAAAUGGAAAGGAGUAUCAGGUGGACAUGAACAUGAGACAUUUGGACUACAUUUUAUAUCCACAAGAUAAGUUGAAGUUAGAUGGAGUGUUUAAAAUCCCUUUCUAUGAAAGCAUAGGAAAGAAAAGGUUACUUCCUAUACCUCAAUGGUCAUCGGACCAUAUGGCACUGGUAGCAAAUUUGAGGAUUAAGAAAGCUUACAGGGGGGAGAACUUCUCCGAACUUCCGGUUGAUCCAUGGGAAGAAUUGAAAAUGAUGAAGAAUAUCGAGGUUCCACGCAGAUGA